AUGAACGAUUCGUCUUUGGUCAAGUCUUGCGACAACACUAUCGACUCAAACCAAACUGUCAAUACCAGCUAUUUGAGUAGCAACGAGUACCACAAUGCCAAUUUACAACAUCAACAGUUACACCACCAUCAGCCACCGGCAAGCCAACACCAACAUAUGCUGUCUCAAAACUCGAUGCAAAAAUAUCCAUACCAAUCGGACUAUACACCAAUGAAGCUCUGGAAUUCGACCUAUCCUCAACAAAAUUGGCAAAACAAGCCAAACCCAUUCCAACCAUUAAAGGAGUCACAGGAGGUUUUUGAUGCAGACAAUAUCUUCUUUGACCAUAAGUCAAAUGAAAAGAGGUCAGCACUUCAAUACAACGCAGCAAGUAACAAGUACAUGAAAAACAGUAUGCUCAAUGCCCCAAGCUAUGUUCCGUAUAGAUACCCGCUGACACCGAAUUCCACCGUUGGUGGCAACAAAGUAGAGGAUGACAAGGGCACAGAUUUGAAAGAAGAGGUGCAAAAGUUGAAAAAUGAAUUGAUUUUGAAGAAUCAAAUGAUUAAAAACUUGACAGACCAGAUUAGCAUCAUGAUAAAAAACAAAAAUAGCAAGGCUUACUACGAGGUAAAGGAAGAUGGCGGUAGUAACCACUCGCCCACGUUUAAAUUACCACAGAACCACUUUCAACUAUUCCAGGACUUGUCAAAAACAUUGCAAGAAAAGUGUCAAGAAUUGGAUGAUGCCAAUCAAAGAAUGGAGAUUAUCCUCGUUUCCAGCCAUAUUUGUAACAAUGGGAGUAGUAAUGCUGUGGGGUAUGAUGUUGAGGAAUUGAGCCAUAAGUUGCUUUACAAGAUGAAUCAGUUGCAGGCAGAGAAUGAUGAAUUGGUAAAGAUGGUCAGCUUGAGCAACAAAUCGAGUUUACUAGUUGAAAUUGGAUUAUUGAAGCAGCAGAUCACCCUGUUGACAAAGAAAGAUGGCAAGCAAGAAGAGUAA